GUCUUUUUCUGAAAUUUGUUUAGUUAACUACAAUUACAUAGUUAGUUGACUUUGUGAUCUUCGCAACUGAUGAAGAACAUGGAUCAAAUACCUUCCGCGACGACGCUGCUCGACGUGUUAUCCCCACAUUAUUUUGUUCUUCUUCUACUACUAGUACUACCUCUUGCUUUCUUCAUCCACAAGCAUAUUGCUUCUCCGUAUUCGAAAAGGCGACCUCUUCCUCCCGGUCCAAGGCCAUGGCCAAUCAUAGGCAACAUUCAUCAACUUGGGAAAAAACUUCAUAUCUCCUUUGCCCAUUUUGCCAAACUUCAUGGCCCUCUCAUUUCGCUAAGGCUCGGCACUCAAGUCGUUGUUGUCGCGUCUUCUCCUAUGGCUGCGAAAGAAAUUCUAAACACUCAUGACCGUAUGCUUUCUGCUAGAAGUGUACCGAAAGCACUACCAAAUAAGAUUUGUGAUAUUGAUCGUGUAGCGAUUGUUUGGGCUUCCACUUGCAACGACACGUGGAAAUCCUUGCGAGCCUUGUGCAGGACCGAGCUUUUCUCCACCAGCGCCAUCGAGUCACAGGCUGCAAUGAGGGAGCAGAAGGUUACGGAGAUGGUGGAGUUUUUGAGUAGAAAGCAGGGGCAGGUAGUUAAUCUCUCCGAAGUUGUGUUUACUUGCGCUUUUAACAUGAUUUGCAAUCUUUUAUUCUCCAAGGACUUGCUUAGUUUCGAAGAUGAAGAUAGGAAUAGUGGGCUGAAAAAGGUCGUAUCAAGACAAAUGGAGCUGGCCGUUGUUCCAAAUAUAGCCGAUUUUUAUCCAAUAUUAGCUGAGUUAGAUCCUCAAGGUAUGAAAAGGAAGAUGUCCGAUGCGAUGAAGGAAAUCUUUGGAGCUUGGAAAAGCCAUGUCAAGGAAAGAAGAGAAACUCACGUUCCUGGCUCUACCACAGUUGAUUUCUUGGAUGUUUUUCUAGCGAAUGAUUUUGAUGACGAUCAGAUCAAUUGGUUGGCUUUUGAAUUGUUGAUGGCAGGCUCAGAGACUACUAGCACAACAAUAGAAUGGGCAAUGACCGAAUUGCUCAAGAACAAGCAAGUCCUAGAAAAAGCUUGUGAAGAGGUGGAUAGAGAAAUCAAAAGAAACUCCAUCAAAGAAUCUGAUAUUCCGAAACUUGAUUAUCUAAAUGCAUGUGUAAAAGAAUCUAUGAGAUUCCAUCCUCCCGUUGCAUUCCUGCAUCAUCGCGCUCAAGAAACGUGUGAAGUUAUGAAUUAUAGAAUUCCAAAAGAUGCUAAAAUAUUGAUAAACAUAUAUGCAAUAGGUCGUGAUCCCUCGGUCUGGGAUGAGCCAUUGGCGUUCAAUCCGAGUAGGUUUUUGGGCUCAAACGUAGACUUCAAAGGGCGUAACUUUGAGCUAAUUCCUUUCGGUUCGGGAAGAAGAAUUUGUGUUGGACUACCGAUGGCUGCAAGGCAAAUUCAUUUGAUUUUGGCUAAUUUAAUACAUCACUUCGAUUGGUCUCUUCAAAAUGAUGAGGACUUUGCCAAGUUAGAUAUGACUGAAAAGUUUGGUAUAACAUUACAGAAGCAACAACCUCUACUUCUUGUUCCCACAAUACGAAGAAAAUAAUGAAUUUCAAGAUUUCAAUUGUUUUCUGUUAUAUGUUCAGAAAAAUGCUUGUAAGUUCUUUGCUAGUGUGCAAUCUAAUUUGUGCAUGAAUUUAAAUGUACUUUUGUCAUUGCAAUAUUAGUUAUUUUUAAACCAA